CCAAGCUGUCAAAGUACGGAUUUUAUUUCGUAAAAUCGCUGAAGGCUUUUUCGUGCAAAUGGUUAGUCCCGAAGGAUUUUCCUUCCAAAAGUGUAGAAAAUUAAGGCUAUUAUCUAAACUGUGAAUCUUUUUUUGUGUUGAAAUUCGUAUUGUUGUAAGCCGAAGUUUGGCGAAAACCCGUCUAGUGGAUUCGACAAGGAAGGAUUGCGUAAAAAUGAGUGUUUUUCAAUCCGCGAAUCAAGUGGAAGUUCUUCCCAGAAUGUAAGAAAAAAAAAUCAAGCAGAAAGCAAAAGGUGUCAAGUUUGGAUCUGCCCUCUAAACUAGCAACAAAGCGAACAAAUGGUGCAUAAAAAGUGAAAAUGAAUAGUUUACUGCUCCAAAUUUCGUCGUUUACGAUCUUCUUCGGCCACUCGGACGCGAUUCCCGUCCCAAAUCGCCCUUUUGGUGAAAGAAAUGUAGCCUUGUUCGGAGUGUUGACGUGCAUUGGAAUCGGUGCCGUCAUUGGCAUGUGUGUUUUCUGUAAAAAGAAAAAGGGCCAAUUUAAGAAGUUCGAAAACGAUGGUAACAUAGAGGAAGUUAAAAACACUGAAUAUCCCAUCCUGAAGUCGCUGAGUUCGCUGGAUGCAAAGAAAUCCGGUGCCAUUAUACCGAGUAGCCCCACAAAUCUGUCGACUGAUAAUCUUCUGGAUCAAACGGUCCAAUAUCAAAAUGAAUCCGUUUCGUCUCACGAGUUGGAUGGAAUUGAAAAUUAUCAUCUCCUGCAAUACCAGAAAGAAACAUAUGCGGCCAAAACUCAAUCAGUUCGCCAUGUAGGUAAGGAAAGCACGCCUUCUGAAGGGCAUAAUGAUAUGCCGAAGGUGGUUUUGCAUGGGGAUGAUAACGAAGACUCGAACUCCAACAUGCUUCUCUCCACGAGCAAGGAAUCUCUGAGCUCGAUCUCUCCCUUGCCGGGAACCAAAACCAGUUACUCGAUGGAGCAGGAAACUGCUUCGCUGAAAAAUUCGGUUGGCUUUGGAGACGAUAAGCCGUUGAUUGAUCGUUGCUCGACUGAUUUGGAAACCGGUGCCAUGGAGGAUGAAGACGAUUCUGGUCCAAUGAACAUCUCAGUCCAGCCUCCGACCCGUCUGGAUGAUGUUACCAUUAGUAUCAGCGAGAGGGGAGCCAGUUACUAUGAGGAAGCUACAUCGGCGGCAACGACCGGAACGACCAAGGAUUGCGGCAUUCAGGAGGACGUCACACCGAUGGACAGUUUGGAAGAUAACUCAUCCGUUCACGAGACCAACAGCAUAGAAGAGGCUUUGCGGGCGUUGGAUAUUGCCAUUGAUGGGGAAGAUGAAAGCGAUGAUAGUGAUGAUGAGUCCAAUUUUGUUGAUUAUCCGGAAGAUGUCAUGGGGAAAGGAUCAGGCCAAAGGAAUGAUGUUGAAGUUAGAAACGAAAUUUUCGAUGGCAAGAAUUCGUCCUCGGACAGUGGCAUGGAUGAAAUUGAGAUAAGCGAAAAGGUUACCACUCCGGAUAUGAUCAUGCAUGAAUUGAUCCGAGAUGAAGCCACCAAACUUGUUGACGAAAUAUUGCUUUUAUGCCAAAGUCGAAUUGAGGAAAUUAAGGAAUGUGAAGAGAAGGAACAGCUGGAAGCGGCGCUUCCGCUUCCGGACGAUGAUUUUAACGAUUUCAACAGUGGUGUGGUAUUAGAAUGUAGUACGCCUUUUGUCGCUAGGAAAGCAUUCGAAGCGAUGAAAGAUGGUUUGCCAAUGGCUAAACAAGCCCUGUUCUGUGAUGUAAAUGAGCAAACGUAUGUGAUGGCUGAUGGCGUUGAGGGGCAACUGGGCGAUUCCACAUCCAGUGAUGCCAAACAGCAUCCGGAAGAGUGCGGAAAUACUUUUACUACUUUUAAUAUGCCAAAUGUUACCAAUGUCGACGUAGAUGAUGAUGAUCACGAUGAUCUUGUGCAAAUAUACCCAGUAAAUGAAACAGUUACAAUCCCGCAGAUUAAUACUACGCACACUUUGCUGAACCCAUCGGACACGUUUGUUCGGGAACCAGGCGAUGGUACCCUGCCGGAAAUAAUGGUCGACCCUAUGCAAACGAUCGAUGAUGCUGCCUCGGAUAAACCGACGGCCACGCCUAUGAACACUCCGAUCGAAUUGGGCUGUCCAACGACCGCCGAUUGGGACAGGUGGCUUUCGGCCAGCGCAUCGACCUGUGAAGCUGCUGGCGGGGGCUUGAACUUGCAAGGGCAGCACGAGGAGGAUUACUUCAGCAGUCAAACCUACGACGAGGGUUGGUUCUUGCAUGCCCAACCAGGUUGUAGCAGCGGCAGUGUCGGAACGUAUGGCAACGAUUGUGGCGGCGAUGGCAAUGAAACGUACGAAGUGCAGGAAAAUGAUGAUAAUCUCGAUUCGACGUACGAUUUGUUGCGGAAACAGUUGGCAGAGAUGUUGCCGCAUGCACAGGGUGCCAAGGAAGCUGCGGAGUGUUUCGAAGAAAAUGAUACUAGUCCGAAUCAUUACGGAAUACAGUACGGAGAUCUGGAUGAAGCCAGCAAUGCACCUUCUACAUCAUCGGCGAAGGAUAACGAGAUGAUAAUAAACUACAAGCGAACUCUCUCCCCAAUCAUGGAGGAGAGCGAAGACGAAUCUUUUUAUAACAAAACAUCAUAUUACAAGGAAGCCUCCAAUUACGUUGAGAGCACCAGCACUGGAUGCAUGGAAUCUCUCACUGCGAUGGGAGUGCAUAAAACGCUUAUGGCCUCAAAUGACACGCUUUUUAAUUUUGAGGACGUGUUGGAUGAAAUUUUAUCACCGAGGGUACCAUCACAAUCGCACACCCCGACCAAUCGCGAUCGGGAAAUUCCCGAUUACUUUUUACGAUCUCCCCGUCAUGAGUUACUGUCCGAAGCCACGUCGACGACGGCCACCACAAUGGAAUGUGGCAGUAGCAGUCUCGGCAGCGAAGCCAACAGGCAACAACCAAAGAGCCUCGAAUUCGCACCACAAUUGCCACGAGAUUCAUCACUCAGUUCUCCAGGUGAUCCUACCAGGAUCGACUUUUCUCAAGAUUCCACUUUCACGCUAGAUGAAAAAACAUGCAUCUCUCUGAGUAGACCAACCAAUGAGGAGGACGAAAGGAUUUCGGAGAUUUCCGAACCUAUCCUGGUAUCAUCGUCUUCAGGACUGAUCAAACAGCAACAAGAUGAUAACAAUAGCCUAAUGGAUGAAGAAAUCGCCUCCAUCGAGGACGAUUCCUUCAACGAAAUUCUUGAAAAAGAGAAACCCCUGGAAAACGAACAGUAUAAUCAUUUUUUAGAUUUACAUAGUACUGCAGCAGAGUCCGUUCUGCCAGGCCUAGAGCCGCCCGAGCCAGAUGAAAACUUUGAUCCGGCAUCCUCCGUCCUCGUAGCGGGCAGCACCGGACAGAAGGAGGCGGUACUUUUGCAAAACAAGCUGAAUUUAGAGAAUACCUACCACAAUCGAGGCAUUGAUGAACAAGUAGUUGUAAUCGAAUCCAUUGAUCGGUUUUUGCUUAAGUCCAGGAAUGUUAGUUUGCCAGAAGACAAAAGUACAAAUCCCUUGGUUAAUGGUCACAUUAGUAGUGGUAAGCUAUCCAGUAGAUCUGAUGGUAAGAAUAUUUGUAUAAACUAUGAUAACUGAGCUAGAACUAUACAUCGGCAAUGUUGUAGAGAUUAAGAUGAAAAUAAUGGAACCUAAUAAAAAAACUGUUAGAUAUUUAUUAACGAUUAAUACACUGAAACUGAAUAGACACUGGUUCUGAUUUGCGACAAAUAUCAA